CGCGGGUUUGACGGGUGGAAGGACGUGGUCGGCUGCCAUGUCGGGCGAGGCGUUUGCCCAUCAGGGAGGUGCGAGUGCGAGGCGUAUGAGUGAGCCUGCGGUGGCGGCGACCCGGAUGAUGGUCCGUAUGCCUGGUGGCAGCGGACGUGGUGGUGCACAGUCUUGA